ACCUGAUCUGAAGACCAAACUGCAGCGUGCAAGCAUCAGACAUUGCUUAAUUAAUAUAUUUAAUCCAAAUGGCAAACAGGUGAGCUCCUCACCCCACCUGGGCUGGGGUGUGCUGCUGGGGAAGGUGCCUGUGCCCCUCAAGAUCCCUGUCCUGUUCCAUCCCUGACCUCCAGCUGCUGAUGGCCUAGCCCUUGCCCUCACUCCGGGGCCCAGUGUUUUCCCUUGGAUGACAGCAGGGAGCUACAGCAGUGGCUGACGUGGCCUUGAGCAGCUCCAGCCUUUGCGUCACCUCUGAGGGGGCAGUCCAUGGGUGCUGGUGUUCCUCGCUCUGUUCUGGCACAGUGGGAUGCAGGGAUGUGCUGAAGACCUUCCCCCGCUUUGGAGGCUGGGACUGUGGUUCCUCUCCUGGGAUCAUGCAUUGGCUGCACAGCUCCAUCCCACUGUCACACUCUGCCCACGGUGAUGCCUGUAGUGUCCGGAUACUGCAUCAUCCCCCUGUGCUCUCAUCCCUGAGCUGGAGCCUGACCCCAUGAGGAGGGGGAUGCCCUGUGCCCUGGUGCCCCAGCCUGGCGGGACCUGCAGUUUAUCCCAGGGGGAUGGGGUGCGUGCCAGUCACACAGCAGCCACCGGCAGGCCCCAGGGACGAGCCCCCGGCAGCUCCCUAGGCGUGCUGCGUGCCGGAGUGACUCCCAGACCAUGGGUGAUGUACAGAAGGGCUCCCCCACCAUGCCGCGCUCCCAGGGGCUGCUCUCUGUCAUCCAGAGGCUAAAGGGCUCCCCGGAGCAGGAGCUCCGCAUCGUCCUGCUGGGGCUGGACAACGCAGGGAAGACCACGUUGCUGAAACGCCUGGCGUCUGAGGAUGUCAGCACCAUCACGCCCACCCAGGGCUUUAACAUAAAAAGCGUUCACUCGCAUGGCUUCAAGUUAAAUGUCUGGGAUAUCGGGGGACAGCGCUCCAUCCGCCCAUACUGGAGGAAGUAUCUGGGCAGCACAGAUCUGCUGAUUUAUGUCAUUGACAGCGCAGACCAGAAGCGUUUUGAGGAGACAGGGCAGGAGCUGGCAGAGCUCACGGAAGAGGAGUCCCUCACAGGGGUCCCACUACUGGUGUUUGCCAACAAGCAGGACCUAGUGACUGCAGCACCUGCAGCAGAAAUUGCGGAAGGGCUGAGCCUCCACACAUACCGGGACCGGGAAUGGCAGAUCCAGGCCUGCUCAGCCUUAUCUGGGGAAGGAGUGCAGGAUGGGAUGAACUGGAUUUCCAGCCAGAUCAUGAACAGGAAGAAGUGAGAGCUGCAAAAUGCCAGACUGGACUGAGCUGCACAUCCCUUAGCCAUGGCCAGCCCUUCUGGUCCCUAGAUUCCCCUUGAGGGUUCAGCUGGGCCCUGAGCCUCAGACUGCCACACUCAGAUGGGCUUCCCACCUGCUCUUCCACUCAUCAGUCAGCUUACCCUCUCCCUGCCUCCUGGGCUUCCACGGGCGCCUCAUAACCCCAACCCUGCUGCAGCCCCCGUGCUGUCAGAGGGAAGCACGUGUCCCAAUGUGUCAUGGGCUUGCACACCUCCAGAAUGAGAAACUACUCAGGACUGGUCCAUCCACACUGUUGGCACACACUGCAGAGGAUGCUGCGAUGCACAAACUGCCCAGGUCAUGCUGGGCACCCCACCAGCCCUCGGACAUGGCGCGAACAGCUGACCAAGCAGUGUGUAUCCCCCUGUGCUCCCAUAGGAUAUGACUGUGGCUGCUCCAGCCACAGCAGCUGGCUCGGGAAGGCCUAGGUUCAGGACCCUUCACAGGCCAGAGGAGCUCCCACGUGCGCACAGAAUCUGGAACAAGCGCAAAGACACAGAGAGGACCUGGCCGGGUAGUGACCAUUGGAGGGUUUCAGUUUCAUUGUAUGUUGACAGCCCUGGCAGCACCACCAAGAGGGGCUGCCUCGCAAGAGCCCCUGGGCAGCGCAUGGCCCUGAACGCACCCGGGCUGGGGCUUCUGCCACCCCGCUGAAG